AACCAAACCAACUGGAUGUGGCUACUCCCUAGUUUUUUUACUUGAAGCUAACCAAGCACAAGCAGCAGCAGCAGCAGCACCAGCAGCCGUAGUUUCGUUGGAAGUGCGCGUUUCCAAAGUAGUAUCUAACAUUCAACAUCAACGUAUCGAUCAAGUCAGCAAUUUUCUUCGAUGAUCGCAACCGCAGUUCAGUUGGUUUCCGUGUGUUUUGAUGAACAAAUCGCAAAUUAAACACCUGUGUGAAUUAUAAAAUAAAUAAAAGUAUCUCAAAGAUACUUUUUUAAUAUAUUUCGUUCGGGCUUUAGAUACCGCGUAUCUAUAAGAUAUAUAAAUUAUUUCAAAAAAAACAAAAACAAGAUCAACAAAAAUAUGGUUGAAGCUGAAGCUAGUGAGAAACGCCAAAGAUUGAUCUUCAAUUUAAAGAUAAUUGUGUGUCUGCUUCUGUUGCCACUUAUUCUAUUUGCCGUUGCAUUAAAACAUCUUUUGGAUUACUUAUUCGGAUCAAAGGAAAAGGAUGUUAAAGGAAAAGUUGUUUUGAUAACCGGAGGCGGAAGUGGCUUGGGUAAGGAAAUGGCAAUUCUUUUGGCUAAAAAGGGCUGUAAAAUCGCUGUUGUCGAUGUGAACACCAAAGCAGGCAAUGAAACAAUUGAAAUAAUAUCAAAGAUUCCUGGUGCCAUUGCUAAAACCUACAGGACCGACGUCUCUUCCUAUAGGGAAAUUCAAGUUCUAGCUGUUAAAAUUGAAAAGGAUCUCGGUCCAGUGGAUAUACUUAUUAACAAUGCGGCCUUAAUGAGUUUAAAUUCAACGCCCAAUCUAAAGGCUGAAGAAAUCGAAAGGAUAAUUUUGGUGAAUUUGGGUUCGUACAUUUUGACAACGAAGGAAUUUUUACCAAAGAUGAUAGCACGGAAGUCGGGGCAUAUUGUAGCAGUAUCUUCCUUGGCUGGACUUAUCGCAUUGCCAGGAGCUGGGAUAUAUUCGGCAACAAAAUACGCAAUAAUAGGAUUUAUGGAUUGCCUAAGGGCUGAAUUACGAUUGUCAGAUUGUGAUUUUAUAAGAACAACAACGGCUCAUCCUUAUUUCAUGAAGACAAACGCGGAGGUUUAUGAGACUCUCAAUGAUUUAGGAGUACUCAGUCGAUAUCCUUGUAUGUCUGGAUCAUAUACAGCUGAAAAAAUUGUUCAAGGAAUUUUACGUAAUGAACGAAUGGUCUAUGUCCCAAAAAUGUUUGCUCUUGUUGUUUGGUUACACAGAUUGUUACCUGUUAAAUGGCAGGAUUAUACACUUUUGCAGUUUUACGAUAGCACUUCAAAUAAAUUGGCACAAUUUUACUGGAAAUAAAAGUGUUAUUUUCGAAUAUUUUAAAUAUUUAAUAAUUUAAGCUUUUAAGUUAAUAUAUAAUAUAUAAAAAUAUCAUUAUCACGAAAAAACAUCUUUAUAAAUAUAAUAUAAUAUAA